AUGGGCGCCGCUAAGACCGCUCUUUACCUUCUAUUCCACCCGAACCAGCUGCGUUCCAUCAUACAAUGGAAGCUGUGGCAUGAGCCCGUUCACAGGCGAGAUCCCGCCAAGGAGACACCCACCGAGUCAGCAUGCUUCCGCUACCUUGACCUGACGUCGCGAAGCUUCGCUGCUGUCAUCCAGGAGCUCAACCCGGAGCUCCUCAUGCCUAUCACCCUCUUCUACCUCGUACUUCGUGGCCUAGACACCAUCGAAGAUGACAUGACCAUCCCCAUCGAGAAGAAGGAGCCUCUGCUGCGCAACUUCCACAGCAACAUGGAGAUUGACGGUUGGACAUUCACCGAGAACGGCCCCAACGAGAAAGACCGCGAGCUGCUCGUCCAUUUCGACGAUGUCAUUGUUGAGCUAAAGAAGACAAAGAAGCAAUACUACGAUGUCAUCAAGGACAUUUGCAUCAAGAUGGAGAACGGUAUGGCCGACUAUGCCCUCAAGGCAGAGCACGGCGAGCACGGCGUCAUGACCGUCAAGGAGUACGAGCUCUACUGCCAUUACGUCGCCGGCCUGGUGGGCGAGGGCCUUACGCGCCUCUUUGUCGAAUCGAACCUAGCCAACCCCCAGCUCAAGAACCGUCCGGAGUUGACAGAGUCCAUGGGCCAGUUCCUGCAGCAGACCAACAUCAUCCGCGACGUUCACGAAGACUACCUAGACAAGAGAUCAUGGUGGCCCAAGGAGGUGUGGAGCAAGUAUGUUGAUAAGUGGGACGACAUUUUCAAGCCAGAGAACAGGGAAAAGGCUCUACACUGCAGCUCCGAGCUCGUGCUCAAUGCGCUCAAGCGCGCGGACGAGUGCUUGUUCUAUAUGGCAGGCAUCCGGGAUCAGAGCGUGUUCAACUUCGUCGCAAUCCCGCAAUCGAUGGCCAUUGCGACACUGGAACUCGUAUUCAGGAAUCCCGCCAUCUUCCAUUCUCACAUCAAGAUCACCAAGGGCGAUGCCUGCCAAUUGAUGACUGAGUCAACUCAGAACCUCAGGGUCGUCUGUGAUGUCUUCAGGAGGUACGUCAGGAGGAUACACCAGAAGAACGACCCGAGAGACCCUCACUAUAUGGCUAUCAGCAUCCAAUGCGGCAAGAUCGAACAGUUCAUCGAGAGCAUAUUCCCUACUCAGGAUAUCAAGAAGCUUGAGGCCGAGAAGAACGCGACACGGACGGCAACGCCCGCAAUGGAGACUUCUGAGGCAGUCAUGUUAAUAGCGGCUGUCCUCGGUGUACUAUUGCUAAUUGGUGGGCUUAUGAUUGGUACGGCUUGGAUGAUGGGUGCUCGAUUUGACAAGGUGUUUGAAGGUCUCAAACCAGGCACAUUCCUCUCGGAUGAGACUACAGCCUCUAUUGCAACGUCAAUCCCCAGUGGCGUGCCACAUGAGGAGCUGUAA